CAUGGAGCGGGUGAACGAUGCUUCCUGCGGCCCAUCGGGCUGCUACACCUACCAGGUGAGCAGGCACAGCACGGAGAUGCUGCACAACCUCAACCAGCAGCGCAAAAACGGCGGGCGCUUCUGCGACGUGCUCCUGCGGGUGGGCGACGAGAGCUUCCCAGCGCACCGCGCCGUGCUGGCCGCCUGCAGCGAGUACUUUGAGUCGGUGUUCAGCGCCCAGUUGGGCGACGGCGGAGCUGCAGACGGGGGUCCCGCUGACGUGGGGGGCGCAGCGGCGGCUCCAGGCGGCGGGGCUGGGGGCAGCCGGGAGCUGGAGAUGCACACCAUCAGCUCCAAGGUGUUUGGGGACAUCCUGGACUUCGCCUACACUUCCCGCAUCGUGGUUCGCCUGGAGAGCUUCCCCGAGCUCAUGACGGCUGCCAAGUUCCUACUGAUGAGGUCGGUCAUUGAGAUCUGCCAGGAAGUCAUCAAACAGUCUAAUGUGCAGAUCCUGGUGCCCCCUGCCCGGGCAGACAUCAUGCUCUUUCGGCCCCCUGGGACCUCGGACUUGGGCUUCCCUUUGGACAUGACCAAUGGGGCAGCCUUGGCAGCCAACAGCAAUGGCAUCGCAGGUAGCAUGCAGCCCGAGGAGGAGGCAGCCCGGGCUGCUGGUGCAGCCAUUGCCAGCCAAGCCUCUCUGCCUGUGUUACCUGGGGUGGACCGCUUGCCCAUGGUGGCUGGACCCCUGUCCCCCCAACUGCUGACUUCCCCAUUCCCCAAUGUGGCAUCCAGUGCCCCUCCCCUGACUGGCAAGCGAGGCCGGGGCCGCCCAAGGAAGGCCAACUUGCUGGACUCAAUGUUUGGGUCCCCAGGGGGCCUGAGGGAGGCAGGCAUCCUUCCAUGUGGCCUGUGUGGGAAGGUGUUCACUGAUGCCAACCGACUCCGGCAGCAUGAGGCCCAGCAUGGUGUCACCAGCCUCCAGCUGGGCUAUAUCGACCUUCCUCCUCCGAGGCUGGGUGAGAAUGGGCUACCCAUCUCUGAGGACCCCGAUGGCCCCCGAAAGAGGAGCCGGACCAGGAAGCAGGUGGCAUGUGAGAUCUGCGGCAAGAUCUUCCGAGACGUGUACCAUCUCAAUCGGCACAAGCUUUCCCACUCUGGGGAGAAGCCCUAUUCCUGUCCAGUGUGUGGGCUGCGGUUCAAGAGAAAAGAUCGUAUGUCCUACCAUGUGCGGUCCCACGAUGGGUCGGUGGGCAAGCCCUACAUCUGCCAGAGCUGUGGGAAAGGCUUCUCCAGGCCUGAUCACUUGAAUGGACAUAUCAAGCAGGUGCACACUUCUGAGCGGCCUCACAAGUGUCAGGUGUGGGUUGGGAGCAGCAGCGGCCUGCCGCCCCUGGAAUCUCUUCCUAGCGACCUGCCAUCAUGGGACUUUGCCCAGCCUGCUUUGUGGAGGUCGUCCCAUUCGGUUCCUGACACCGCCUUUUCCCUUUCUCUAAAAAAAUCAUUCCCAGCCCUUGAAAACCUGGGCCCAGCACACUCCAGCAGCACUCUCUUCUGCCCAGCCCCGCCAGGAUAUCUGAGGCAGGGCUGGACUGCCUCAGAGGGCAGCCGGGCCUUUACUCAGUGGCCUGUAGGCUAGCCUCGGCCUCCCCAGAGAGGGUUUUCUCUGGAGGGGAACGGGAAUGGCGGUUGCUCUGAGACCCCUGCUUUUCAGAGAGCCCAGCACAAUGAUUCCUGCCCAUGAUGCCCAGCUCCUCCUUGUGUAACUUGGAGUCUUUCCCAGCUCAGGGACCCCAGGGGUAGUAAGGAGCUCCUUUCUGGAUCCCCCUCAUAGCCUCCAGGUUUCUUUCUGGGUUCUCUUGCCUUUUUCUCCCCCUUUAACAGAUGGUACUGCUGAGUGCCUGCCUGUCCUUGCUGGGGUGAUUUUAGAGUCUGGUGCUUUCCCAAUAACUAAGUCACUGGUUUAGGUGCUUCCCCUCCCCUACAAUGGCCUCCCCUAAGGUGUGGGGUUUCUAGAAUGGGGCUUGGCUGCCCCUCUCCCCUACUCUAGGGGUGAAUCCCCCUCCAGAGGAGAAUGGACCAAUUCCAAGUGCGUCAACUCGUGCUGCCCUCUUCCCUUCCCACUCACACAGGUCCUGCUUUCAUUUCUGGCUAGUGAGUUAGACUUUUGUGUUUUUGAGGUUUACUAGCAGGUCUGCUCAGGAACUAGACUAACCAGUAGCUUUAUAUUGGGUCACCCCAGUAUAUGGCUUUGGGGGCUGAGAAAGCAGAUGUAGACACCUCCCCCCUCAGAUCCCAGUGGUGUGCCCUUUAGCCCCCGCAGCCUCCGCGGGGAUAACAGGAGUGAUGAUAAAAGUUUUCAUUCUAACAUUUGAGGCUUUGUGUGUUUUGUCCUUGGUCUCUGUCAUAACACUGACAUCAUUGUCCCUUGGUGUACGUACAAGCCCGCUCCUGCCCUGCCCCUCCAACACACACUCUUACAGACCCGCUGGCCCCACCUCCAGCCCCUUAACCAGAAUGCCCCUCAUGGUGACCCAGCAGGUGAAGACAUGGUGGCUUUCAUGCUCUGGGCCGGCCAGCUGCUGUGCCCGGACUUUGUUUAACAGCAGGGGCAUCUGUUUUGCAUUGUGUAUAUUCUGAAAGCGUCAGAGGUGAAGAGAUGGGCUCUCUGGGAGUUGGUUCCCUGGGCAAGAGCUGGGCGCGGGGUAUACCUCUCCACCUCUCCUGAUGCCAUAGAUGACAAAAGGGGCCAGUUACAGAAACUGAUGCCACAGCUUGUGUGAAAAGGCCAUUUGAAUGUUGGGGCAUGAAGCCUCAGGCUUGGCAGUGACACACAAAUCUCUCUUAACUGGCUCAGAUGCCUCAGGCAUUGCUGGCUUAAUGGUGCAGUGGGGCUGUGGCAUUAUCUCCAUGUGGAGUUUGGCCUGAAGCUGAGAGACCAGAGCAACUCAAAACCUCUCCCAUUGCUUCCAGUGGCCCCACUUCUCAGGGGCAAGUUGGGGUGGUUUGGGCUGGAGGAUAGCUCAUUAGAGAAGGAAUGAAUUGAAGUGGGAACAAGGGAGCUGGCACCCCCAAGAAGGGGACCAGUGAGGACAAUGGCACUAGGCCUCCAUUUAUUGCCCUUAGACUUUUCCAGGGCUAUAAAAAAGACUGCUUAAGACCAUGCCUCCAUCCCUACCCCCAGGCUGCCAGACUUCAAAGGUCACCAAAGGUUGGAUGUGCACUAAGUGUCCCUGAUACCAUUUGGGCCCCAUUCCUGAGCUGCUCAACCCCUGGGAAGAAAAGCUUUAGGAAUUCUGGGAUGGGGAGAAACUGUUGGGGGAGUGAAGGGAGCAUGACUAGGACUCACUGUUGAGUGGUGAUGACCAGAGGUGGCCCAAGCUCAGGGUGGCUGGGCCAGGACCUGGCAGGUGUGCUCCUAACAAUAGGCUGCCUAUGCACAGGGCCGUGGGCAAGGUGCGGCCAUUCCAAACAUCAGUGGUGAUCAGAGCAUGCUAUGCUGGCUCGCUCUUGUCCCAUCAGGGACCCUCUGUCUUCUCCCUGUCUCUAGGAUGGGAAAUGUCUUUCUCCUGAGUGGCCCCAGUAUAGAGAUUCUAGGUGUCCCUUUCUUUGGGAUCUGUCUCCCCUUUGGCCACUCUUUUGUGUCCUGUGCCCAGACUCUUUAUGUUGUGUGUUGUCUGAACUUUGGGCAGGCCUAGACUCCGGCUUGUACACUUUGACAAUUCCCCCCGAAAACCUUGGAGACUUGAGCCAUGAAGGGUCAAUUCUGGCACAGAGAAGCCAACAAUCACUUCAGCUUGGCU